UUAUUAUUUUAUUUUAUUUUAUGACAAAAAUGUAAAGUCAGAUUAGACUAAUACAGUUUAUUAUUAAGCAAAAUUUAGCUUCUAUUUUUUUUAUUCGGAAACACUGCGAUAGUUGUUAGCGCCGUUAGCGGUGGGCGGCGGCAUCGUCAUCGUCGGUGGAGGUGAUGUAUGGCGGUCAUUAUUUUGGAUUUCCUGUCAGACGUGAUUUACAAUUUACCGACACGAUCCUGCAAAAUAAAUUUCCGAUUGAGUUGUUUAUCUCAACGUUCUCAUAGUGUCCAUUUUGCCGACGGAACAUACGUCGUUCGUCCUCCAAUACGGCAAACGGUGUAACCCAUUGUUGCCAGUCGGUUAUCGAUCGAAAACGGCGACGUGUUUUGGUCAGUCAAAACUGGUAGUUAGCGGCUCUGUUCCUCAUUUAUAUCUAUCCGUAUCGUAUUCAAUCGGCGUUCUUGAAAAACAUCAUUUUUGCCAUCUUGUACUUUACGUUGUUUGUUCCGAAACGGGUUUGCGCCAUUCUUCAAGAUGACUGAAGAAAUUGAAGAUAUCGUGAGAUUUAAUGUGGAUGAAGAAUGUACACAAACUAUUCAUGGCAACUCUAUAAAAGUUUUUUCAAGUCAAGGAUCUCAUAACAAAGGAAGUUCAAAAUUAACACUUAAAAAUUUUGUUAAUUUUAAUUGGGAUCAAUGUUAUUAUCGCGGGCAGUUAAUUGCCUUGCAUAUAAGUGAAAAGUACAUAGCUUAUGGUUUUUCUAAUACUGAUACUUUUGAGGGUUUGGUUCGUGUUGUCAAAACAGAAAGUAAAGAAAGAGCAUUAAUCAAAGGAUUUUCAAAUUUAAUUGAAGAUAUAAGUUUUGCUCAUCUUUAUGAAAUAAUAAUGUUGGCCUGUAUUGACCAAUCUGGUACUACGAAUGUUUAUGUCAUUAAAGAAGAAAAUUGUACCUCAAAUUUAAGAGUUUUUCCAGUUUUUCAAAUCAAUGGGGAUCCAUCAUAUUGUUUUAAAAAUAAAUAUCUUUUAUCUUGGUGUCAAUUUAUUCCGGAACAAGUUAAUCAUUUAAAAGAGCUCGAAUUUGAACCAACUUAUAAAGGAAAAAUAUUGGCAGUGGUUCGUGCUUCAGAAGUUGAAAUAUGGCAUGUUGGCGUUGCAAGCAAUUUCACAGAUGGUCCAGUUUUUGCUAAUAUGAGUUUGAAUAAAUCAAUGGACAAGCAUGUUUUAAAUAAUAUUAAUAAUGCAGUGAUAAAAAUCGAUUUGAAAGAAGCUGAUAUUAUUAGCUUAUCGUUUUCUCCAGAUGGUUCAACUAUAUCAUUAGCAUUAAAUAAUGGAUCUAUUUAUUUUUAUCAAGUAUCUUUUGACCAUAUUGCUGAUACUCCAAAGCGUGUAUUUACUUGGCUUCCUAAAGAAAUAUUUUUGUCUUUAAAAUCUUUGGCAUUUUUAGACAACCGUAAGACUAUUGAUGGAGAUGUGGAACUUUGGAAGUAUGUAGUGACUUUAUCUAAUGAUGACGAAAUUAUUUUAUGGUCUUGUGAAACUUGGAAAAUUCUUCAAAAAGUAAAAUUUGUCCGAUCUUUUUCAAAACUAAAUUCCAUGAAGUUAACAAUUGACGGAACUGGAAGAUAUAUAUUUUUGAGUGACAUUGACAAUAAUUUACUUUAUGUCAUGGAAGUAACUGAUGAUAUUAAGACUGCUAAAAAAAAUAUUAAAAUAAUUAGCAUUACUGAAGUUUUGCUACAAAGUCCCAUGUUAAACAUGAUAAUUGGUGAUGUUAAAAUUGAUCGUAAUGAUUUAGAUCUUACAGAAAAUCACAAUUCGAAUAAUAUUUUAUCUAGUAAAUAUACAACUACAAUAAAUUUAUUUGCAAUUCAACCAAAGUCACUACAAGAAGGUCAAUUAAUUAUUGAAUCUCCAGUUUUAUCUAAUACGGAACAUUGUAGUGAACAAAUUAACAUUGAAUCUACAAAUAUAUUCCCAAAACCACCAAUACUAGAUCUUCUCAUAGAACCUGUUGAUUCCACUACAACUAUUAAUAAUUCUGAAGUUCAAGAAUUUCAAAUUCGCAAAGAAGAGAACAUUCUGCAAGAUCUUACUCCAUUAGAAGUUCACAGUUUAGUAAAAGAAAAAUUGAGAUUAAAAGGAAUAAGUCUUAAUCCAAAAAGUGCUUCUAAUUCUUCCAAUUCAAUACAGAUUCAAAAUAGGCAAAAGAAUAAUUAUAACAAUAUACAACCAAUUGUAGUUCAACCAUCAAGUACUUAUUCCUAUCCACAAGAUUUUGAUUUGAAUGAAGCAAGAGAAUGUAGUCCAAGUAACAAUGAAGUUCAAACCAUUUUACAACAACAAACUGAUCAAGAAUCACAAUACAAUUAUAUGGAAACACAUAAUGAUAACUUUGAAACUGUGAGUAAUUAUUCUAAUGGAAUUGAUGAAAAAGAAGAAAAUAAUUGUUAUUCAAGCAAUUCUGUGUUCAAUGGUUCAGAAAUCUCAACAAUAAGACGACCUUUGGAUAAGUCUAAUGCGAUAGAUAAUAGUAUUGGUAUUCAAAUGGAUGAUAUAUUAACUACUUUACAAAACAUGAACACUCAGUUAAAAUGUAUAUCAAAAAAACAAAAAAAAAUUGAUAAUCAAAUUAAUGCUGCUAUAUCAAUGAAUUCAUCUAGUUUAUGUGAAAAUCUAGAACCAGUUUUGAUGAAUAUGGUAAAGAAUGCAAGUGAUCAAUCACACCGGAAACUUCAAAUUAUGAUAGAUCAUCAGUUAAAUUCCUCUCAUAAGAAAAUAACAGAAAUUGUCAAAGCAACCAACUCCAAUAAAGUAGAUACUGAAUUAUUUACAAGAUCUUUGGUUGCUUCGUUGAAUCCAACUCUUGAUGCAAUUCUUAAAGAUCUUUUUAUGAGCACGGUUAUACCUAAGUUUGAACACGCUUGUUGUUCCAUGUUUAAGCAAAUUGAUGCAUCUUUUACUGAAAGAUCACUGGAAUAUCAAAAUGAAUUGAAGUCUUUACUCAACGAAGAUGGUAAUAUCAAUAAUAAAUUAGAAUAUGCUUUUGAUAAAUUUAAGGUUGACAUGCAUAACAUUAUUAAAAGUACAGAAAAAAAAAUAUUAAGCACCCAACAAGACAUGCAGAAACAAUUUUCAAUUCUACUUAAAGAGAAGUCACAUGUAGAACCAUGUGUGAAAGAUAUGGAUAAUACUGCUAACCAAUUUAUAAUUUUAAGUGAUAUUAUAAAGCUUGGUGAUUAUGCCCUGGCUUUUGAAAAAGCAUUGUCUGCAUCAAAAUUAGAACUGGUACUUUUUGUUUGUGAAAAAGUAAAACCAGAAUUACUUUUCAUUUCACCAAACACUUUAAAAACUCCAAUUGUAUUAUCGUUAAUUCAACAGUUAUCUCAUGAUCUAAUCAAUAAUACUGAACUGAAACACAAGUAUUUGGAAGCUGCAAUCGGAAGUUUAGAUUACACUAAUGAUCACUACAAAGAAAAUAUAAACUUAGUUUUAAUUAAAACUGAUACUAGUGUUGAGAAGUUUGUUCAACAUUAUCCAUUAAAUCCUUACAGUCGCAAGUUAAAAAUGUUACAGUUGGCCAUAAAGUCAAUGAUAAGCUACUUUACAGUAAAUAUUUGAGUAAAUACUACAUUUUAUAAUAUUUUUUAAAAGAGACUUAAGAAAUAUAAUGGACUGACA